CCGGCCGUUUAAAUCGCUGUCGUGAACCCAACGUCACUGCAUCAGCCACAGCCACCGGCGUAGCGCGUUUGUUGCUCCUUUUUUUGCUCACUCGCUCUCUCUUGCUCGGUGUCUCUUGCUCGGUGUCUUUUGAUCGGUGUCUCUUGAUCGGUGUUUCUUGAUCGGUGUCUCUUGAUCGGUGUUUCUUGAUCGGUGUUUCUUGAUCGGUGUCUCUUGAUCGGUGUUUCUUGAUCGGUGUUUCUUGAUCGGUGUCUCUUGAUCGGUGUCUCUUGAUCGCGAGGUUAAGUUACCAGAAUAACAACAGUGGUUAAUUUAUUAUUAAUAUCGUGCGCGGUUCGUCAACAAAUUCAAUAAGUUUACUAUACUCGAUAAAAUAGGCGGGUAUCUCGCACUCCACGCGCCACGCCGUACAGUGGCAAAAGACAAGGCAGUAAUACCGAACGUCACGCGUGCUCAUCAUUUGCUCAGGCCCGACGGUAGUGUAGGUCCCGCAGAGCGUACCACAAUGCUAGUGACGCCGAUAGACGCAGUGGACCGACCCGACGACAAGAAACGGAGUCGUCAGUCGAAGAAACUCGAAGAUGGCGGCGGAGGCUGUGACGGCAACAUUGGCGGAGGUAAUGGCAGCAACAUUAGCGGAGCUGAUGGCGGCAACAUUGGCGUACGUGAUGGCAGCAACAUUGGCGAAGGUAAUGGCAGCAACAUUGGCGGAGGUAAUGGCAGCAACAUUGGCGGAGGUAAUGGCAGCAACAUUGGCGGAGGUAAUGGUGGUGACAUUGGCGGAGGUGAUGGCGGCGACAUUGGUGGAGGUGAUGGCGGCGACAUUGGUGGAGGUGAUGGCGGCGACAUUGGCGGCGGUAAGAAACCCCGCAGGCGGCGGAACCGUCGGAAGCGUCAACGACAACAGACCGAAGACGACCAGGCGGCCGACGUCGUAUCGCACAAGUCUCCCACAGGAGACAAUAACUAUAAUCAAACUACCAUUACGGCUGAAAUCAAAGACGGACCCAUCGAAGCCACAACGGGUGGUGCUGUCUCGGAGGCGGCAACACCCCAGAUCGCGGUGCAAGUGGUCAAAGACGCUGGCAGUGCCAACGGUGUAACCACUGUAACAGAAACCACUAUAGAGAACGGCACCAAUAAUAUGGAAAUGCAGAUUGAUGAUGAGAUCGAUGAAGACGACGGCGAACGGUAUUCGUCGUAUUCAAUGUCAUCGGCGGAAGACGAAAACGGCAGUGACGGUAGCCAUCAGGUCCCUGUUACAAAAGUUACGUGCCACGAAGACGAAAUUGACUGUAAUAAAGACUAUAAAACUCAAAGCAAAGACCAAAGUUGUAACGGUGCUGCGGCAGACGCGACCGCUUCGCCACCUCCAGACGUCAUAAUGCAUCACAACAGCCACGAUGUCAUCAAGCGGAAAGGUUCGCGACGAGGCCGUCGCAAGCGCCAGUCGUCCAUUGCCGUUGCGGCCGUAAGUGAUCCAUCAGACGUCCAGAUGAUGCCCGCGGCCGGUACGGUAGGAGAAGAGGAAACGCCGGUAGAGAUGAACGCGACGAGUACUGUAAUCGACACUACUACAACCGACCCGUCGACCAACGAAGAUAACACUAACAUGAAAUGCAGCAGCGACGACAACACUGCCAAAAUCGUCGACAGCGAUGCUAUCGACGAUGGUACGACGGUCGUCGAAACCUCCUCCACUAAUGACGACAGUAAUCACCAGUCCACGUCGACGACUGAACUGCAAACACCAGAGCGGGCGCAUACGGCAAAAAUAUACCCAACUUACGGAGUGGCGCUUUUGGAGCGGACGGAAGACAUGGAUGGCGCCGUAGCACAUGGUAUCAACGUGGAUACUUCAAUAUUGGAAGACUUCGAGUGGAAACUCAGCGAGGUGCACCGGCAAUGGAAAUACCGCCUGUUGGAGCAAGAGCGUAAUCUGUCUAACGAGAUGAACAAGCGGCAACGCAACGUGGAUGAAGAAAUAGAACGGCGGGCAUUGGUGCUUGCGGAUGAGAUGGUGAAACGCGAACACAGAAUGGCCGAGGAUAUAGUGGAACACGAGCGGCAACUCAAGAGCGUGUUAGUAAGACGGGAACGGGAUCUUGAUGAGCGGACGCCCUCGGAAGCGAUCAGACGUAAGCAUGAGUUAGAGGCGUCGGCCAAGACCCAACUAGACGAGCGGAGACAAGCGUUAAUGGCUGAGGUGGAGGCAAAGGCGGCCAAGCGAGAGAGGGAGCUCAAGAUGGAGACAGAAGAGGCGAUGGCAGUGGCGAAACGUGAGCGCCGGUUGGCCGCGGUGGAGGCUGCGAAACGCGAACGGGACGCCGUGACGACGGCGUUAACGGAAGCUGCGAAGCGAGAGCAACAGAUUUUGGCGGACGCGGAAAAGCGGGAGCGGGAUAUCAAGGCAGAGGCGGAACGUCGGCAACGGGAAAUGGUCGAAGCAGAGGUGGCCAAGGCGGCUAAACGGGAACGCGAACUUCGGGCAGAAUGGGCGGCCCGGGAACGGCAACUGGCCGCUGAGUCGGAAGAACGUGAACAGCGUGCGGUGGAGGCAGCUGAAAGGCAGGUGCGUCGGCAGUGGCGACAGUCGGAGAGGGACGCAAAGGCUGAGAGCAGGAAAGCAAUGGAGGAACAACAGGAGCGGGCUGAGCGUGAACUAGCCGAGGCACGUUCGGCGUGGGAACGCGAAAGAGCUGACCGAAUCGCCGCACUGGAAACAAGAUGGGCUGAGCGCAUGAAGGAUGCUGUUCAAGCGGAACAAGCUAGGGGAGAGGCAGCAGCGGAUGAGUUACGGCGCACCAUUCAAGAGGAACAUAAGCUAGUUGUGGCUAGUGCCAAGGUAGAGGCGGCCGCCGAGGCUUGUAACAAAGCUCGGGCCGAAGCAGAUGCCGAAUUGAUUAAGCUGCGCCGAGCUGUAGACACGACGGCGCUGUGGUACGAGGACUUACUUGACGAGGCUCGUGCUGAACGGGACCGAUGCAUAGAAAGGGCUGAUGAAGCGGAACGGAAACAUUCAGAAGCGGAACGUCAACUGUUAGAAGCGGAACGGAAACAGUCAGAAGCGGAACUGAGACAGUCAGAAGCGGAAAUGAAAGAGAUAGAAGCGGAACGGAGACAGUCAGAAGCGGAAGAUAAAAUGAGAGAAGCAGUACAGAAACAGCGUGAAGCGGCAUGGAUCCAGUCUGUAGAGGAAUUGAGGGCGCUGGAAGCUGAAGAUGCCCAAAAGAAAGCAGAGAAAGAUAUGAUGAAUGUUUCCAGAUGGUUGUCGGAAGUGGAGAGUGAUCUAGCCAUAGCUAGGAACAAUAAUGUCAGCCUGGAAAAUAUGUUAGCACAGUCAACCAAUCGGCAGGUAGAAGCUGAGAACCAAUUGCGAGAGGCAGAACAAAAAGUGAUCGAAUUGGAAAUACAGUUGGCCGCCACCCUGGCGGGGAAAUAUGCUAAUAACCGUAACAAUGAUGAAGACAAGGAAGAGAAUAACGAUGAUGACGAUGACGGGGACAUUGAAAGUACAGUUACAGGCUGUGGUAUGGCUACCGACGAGGAUGACAUGAAUGGUGAAACCGAGCCGAAAAGCUGCUGCGCUCGGGCUGUCAAGAAACGAGUUGCACAACUGAUUGUUUCACAUGGUCAGCGUAUGGAAGAGCAGCGUGAACGGCAUGCGCGGCAGAUGCGUCGACAGUUGGAGAUGUUAAUGGACCAACGCCAACAGCAGCAGCACCAUCAGCAACAAAAGAACGAACAACCCGAACAGUCCCAACACCAAAAACAACCCCAAAACCAACAACAGCAAAAGGAAGAACAUAAGCAGCAACAGCAGCAGCAGAAACAGGAUGAGCAGGAUGAGCAAUGGCAACUUCAGCAGCGAAGACGUCGACCCCGCGGAGGUGGAGGCGUUAGUACAGAAAAAACGGACGCAGGCAGUGACCGCAGACAACAACCGCGUUCGUCACCGCCUCCUUGCAAUGGCGGUAGCGGAAGUAGCAGUAGCAGCCGAAAUAGCCGACGCCGGAAUAAGCAUCGGCAACAGCAACAGCAACAGAGCCCAAAUCAUCAGGGACCUUCGAUUCCGCUUAGACCAUCUGACAGACCAACCGCAUGACAAACGACGAACGCCGCUAAUUUUUCAUAUUUUGUACUCGUAUGAUAAUUGUUUUUAUUACGUGGCAUGAGCCCACGUUUAUUUAUAAUUAUUUA